AUGUAGCUGCCUCACUGGAACUGGAAAUGGGCCAUUAGAUAUUUCAGGAUGCAAACUGCAGUAAGUUGGCUGCGUUAUUGCUAGUGGUGUCCGUACAAUGUCCGAAACAUAUUACAAAAAGCAUGUAAAAUCUUUUGUUUUACCAGACAAACUCUCGGAUGAUUGAGAGUUUCACGAUCUUUAACGGCUUGCCUGUCUUCUUUGAAUUUAUGCAGAAAAAUAAGGUAAGUUGGAAGUGGGUCGAGUACAUGUUGGAAAAUGCUUUAAUAAGGUUUAUAAACAAGACAAAAGACAAAGGCAGGAAAAAAGAUUGUCACUCCAUUAAAGCCCUCACGCUUCUAACCAUAAGUGCCCAAGAAAUUACCAAACCAAAAUGAAGUGAGCAUUUGUUUAUUUUUCAUGCCACUCUUCCUUGAUACCAACCUUUCUCCAAGAACAAACUGAACUCCCAUUUAUAUUCUCUACUUUUGUGAUAAUUCCUCCAUUAACUCUUCUUCCUACCAAACUAUCUUCCAGCUAAAUCUCUCGAAGAUGUCAAAAACUAACAGCAAUGGUGCCUCAGGUCACUAUCCUAUCCUCACUAGGCGUGCUCCUACGCCAGGGAAGGCAACAGUACUUGCAGUAGGUAAGGCCUUCCCUAGCCAACUCAUUCCUCAGGAUUGCCUGGUGGAGGGCUACAUCCGAGACACCAAAUGUGAAGAUGUGUCCAUCAAGGAGAAAUUGGAGCGACUAUGUAAAACUACUACUGUGAAGACAAGAUAUACUGUAAUGUCCAAGGAGAUCCUGGAAAAAUAUCCUGAAAUUGCAAUUGAGGGCUCAACCACUAUCAAACAAAGGCUUGACAUAGCAAAUCCUGCGGUUGUUGAGAUGGCAAAAGAAGCAAGCCUUGCUUGCAUCAAGGAGUGGGGAAGGCCUGUAGAAGAUAUCACUCAUAUUGUUUAUGUUUCUUCUAGUGAGAUACGCUUACCAGGCGGUGAUCUUUAUCUUGCUAGCCAGCUUGGCUUAAGGAAUGAUGUUAGCCGAGUAAUGCUUUACUUUCUUGGCUGUUAUGGCGGUGUCACUGGCCUUAGAGUUGCAAAGGACAUAGCUGAAAACAAUCCAGGGAGCCGCGUUUUGUUAACCACCUCUGAAACUACCAUACUUGGUUUUCGCCCACCAAACAAGGCACGCCCUUAUGACCUUGUAGGGGCUGCACUUUUCGGGGAUGGAGCUGCAGCUGCGAUCAUUGGUGCGGACCCUGUAUUAAGUAGUGAAUCUCCUUUCAUGGAGCUGAACUAUGCAGUUCAGCAAUUCCUGCCAGGAACGCAACAUGUAAUUGAUGGACGCCUUUCUGAAGAGGGGAUAAAUUUCAAGCUUGGAAGGGACCUUCCUCAGAAGAUUGAAGAUAACAUAGAGGAGUUCUGUAAAAAGCUUAUGUCAAAGGCAGGAUUAACUGAGUUCAAUGACUUGUUUUGGGCUGUGCACCCUGGUGGACCGGCAAUACUUAACCGGCUAGAGAGCACUUUGAAGUUGAACGCAGAGAAGCUAGAAUGCAGCAGGAAGGCUCUGAUGGAUUAUGGAAAUGUCAGCAGCAAUACCGUAUUCUAUGUUAUAGAAUACAUGAGAGAAGAAUUGAAGAGAAAGGGAAGUGAAGAGUGGGGGCUUGCCUUAGCUUUUGGGCCUGGCAUUACUUUUGAAGGCAUACUUCUUCGUAGCUUGUGAUCACGAUCACAUCCUGAAGCAGCUACCUCUAGUCUGAUUAUCCUAUUUUCAUUCUGUUUUAAGAUGCAUUUGAGUUAAUUAGAAGUGUUCCAAAAAAAAGGACUCUUAAGAAUUUCUAUCAAACUGAACUUUUAAACUGUUUUAGCCAUUAGUUAUUAUGGUGUGGUUUUUUCUUUCCUGUGAACUGAAAACUUGGACCCGUAUCAGACAUUCAAGUGUAUGGAGUGUAUUAAAUCCAAAUUGCAAAAUGCAAAUAAUAAUUAACCCGGCUUGCACAGUUU